AUGGGCAUAGGCUGGGGGGUACGAAUACCACUAUGGAUACCAAUAUUAGUGAUCACCUUUAUGCAGAACAAAGGUAAGAGUGCCCAAGAUGUACCACAAGAAGUGACAAUCAUCCAACCACUGAGAACGACGCUGCCUGUAAAGCCUGGCAACCCUGCUCACAAUGAACGUGUGUGCAGCACCUGGGGCAACUUUCACUUCAAGACCUUUGAUGGGGACAUCUAUCACUUCCCCGGGCUCUGUAACUAUGUCUUUGCAUCCCACUGCAAAUCUGCCUACGAGGACUUCAACAUCCAGAUCAGGCGCACUGUGCUGGAAAGCUCUCCUGUGAUCAGCCAUAUCACUCUGAAGCUUGACGGAGUGGUGAUUGAACUGACCUCAGACUCCAUUGUGGUCAAUGAAAACCCAAUUCAGCUGCCUUUCAGCCAGUCAGGAAUCCUGAUAGAGAGAAGUAGCGGCUAUUUGAAAAUCACUGCCAAGAUGGGCCUGGUCUUCAUGUGGAACCAACUGGAUGGUCUUCUGGUGGAACUGGAUAAGAAAUAUGCCAAUCAGACCUGUGGGCUUUGUGGGGACUUCAAUGGCAUUCCAAUUUACAAUGAGUUCACGUCAAACGACAUCAAGCUGACUGAUGUGCAGUUUGGGAAUAUGCAGAAGAUGGACGGACCCACAGAGCAAUGCGAGGAUCCUUCAUCUUCUUCUCUUACAAAUUGCUCUACUGAAUUUAGCGCUGUCUGCCAGGCGGUAUUGACUGGUAAAGCAUUUGUGAGCUGCAAUGCACUGGUGGAUGUUCAAGACUAUAUUGACUCUUGCAUACAAGACUUGUGCCGCUGUGAUGAGUCUAUGAGUGACUUCUGCAUCUGUAACACCUUUGCUGAAUACUCCCGGCAGUGCGCCCAUGCUGGUGGACAACCUCUGAACUGGAGAACUAAAGAACUGUGCAACAAGACGUGCCCUUAUAACAUGCAGCACGAGGAAUGUGGCUCACCCUGUGCUAACACCUGCACCAACCCUGAAAGGUCAGCCCUUUGUGAAGAUCACUGUACCGAUGGCUGUGUCUGCCCCCCAGGAACCGUGUUUGAUGACAUUAACAGCUCUGGCUGUGUCCCUCUCAGCAAGUGCUACUGUACCUACAAAGGUGAAACGUAUAGUCCAGGUGCUUCUUUUACAUCCCAGUGCACUUCAUGUACCUGUACUGGAGGCCAGUGGAGUUGUGUCAGCCUUUCAUGCCCUGGGACUUGCUCCAUUGAAGGAGGUUCCCACAUCUCCACAUUUGAUGAGAAACGUUAUUCCUUCUUUGGAGACUGUAGCUACAUCCUGACAAAGCUCUGUGACAGCAAUGCCUUCACCGUUCUAGGAGAAGUCCGCAAAUGUGGCCUAACUGACACCGAGACAUGCCUGAAAGGUGUAGCCAUAAGCAUAAGUGGAGGACAAACUAUCGUUGUGAUCAAACCUUCUGGCAGCGUGUUUGUGAAUACGAUCUACACCCAGUUGCCCAUCUCUGCAGCCAAUGUUACCAUCUUCAGGCCUUCAUCAUUCUUCAUCAUUGUACAAACAAACUUUGGGCUUCAGCUUGAGAUCCAGCUCAUACCCAUCAUGCAACUCUUUGUAAGCUUGGACCCAUCCCACAAAGGGCAGACAUGUGGUCUUUGUGGAAACUUCAACAAUAUCCAGACAGAUGACUUCAAAGCCACAAGCGGUGUAGUGGAAGGAACAGCAGCCGCCUUUGCCAAUACCUGGAAAACCCAGGCUGAUUGCCCUAAUGUCAAAAACAUCUUUGAGAACCCGUGUACCCUCAGCGUAGAAAAUGAAAAAUACGCUCAGCACUGGUGCGGAUUGCUGACUGACACUCAAGGACCUUUUGCUGAAUGCCACUCAACAGUGAAUCCAGAUGUUUACCACACGAACUGUCUGUUUGACACCUGUAACUGUGAAAAGAGUGAGGAUUGUAUGUGUGCUGCCCUCUCUACCUAUGUCAGAGCCUGUGCUGCCAAAGGAGUCCUGUUGAGCGGAUGGAGGACCAAUGUCUGCACCAUAACUUCAUGCCCCAAAUCCCUGACGUACAGCUAUGUUGUCAAUUCCUGCCAACCCACUUGCCGAUCUUUGAGUGAGCCCGAUGUCACAUGCAACAUCAAGUUCACUCCAGUUGAUGGCUGCACCUGUGCAAAUGGAACUUACAUGGAUGAAAAUGGCAAAUGCGUGCCCGCUACUAGCUGUCCUUGUUAUUACAAAGGAUCUGUGCUACCUUCUGGAGAGGUUGUUCACGACAAUGGGGUCAUAUGCUCUUGCAUACAUGGAAAGCUGGACUGCGUUAGAGUGAAACCACAACCAGUCUGUGCAGCUCCCAUGGUCUACUUUGACUGCAGCAAUGUCACUGCGGGCACAAUUGGAUCCGAGUGCCAGAAGAGCUGUCAGACGCUUGACAUGGGCUGCUACAGCACACAAUGUGUCUCUGGCUGCGUGUGCCCUAAUGAUCUCGUGUCUGAUGGCAAAGGUGGCUGUGUAGCUGUGGGGAACUGUCCAUGUGUUCACAAUGAGGCCUCUUACAAUCCAGGAGAAACAAUCAAAGUCAACUGUAACACAUGCACUUGUAAAAACAGAAUGUGGCAAUGCACCAAUGAAUCUUGCCUGGCAACCUGCUCAGUUUAUGGAGAUGGUCAUUACAUUACUUUUGAUGGCAAACGCUUCGGCUUUAGUGGAGACUGCGAAUACACACUGGUCCAGGAUUACUGUGGUAAAAACAGUACCAGCCUUGGAACCUUCCGAGUUAUCACUGAGAACAUCCCCUGUGGAACCACUGGGACCACCUGCUCAAAGGCCAUUAAAGUCUUCCUACGGAACUAUGAACUGGUACUCAGUGAUGGAAAGUUUGAAGUGAUAGAGAAGGUCCGUGGAGGGGAAGUGCCAUACAAGGUCCGUUACAUGGGCAUCUACAUGGUGAUUGACACUGACACUGGGCUGAUUCUCAUGUGGGAUAAGAAAACCAGCAUAUUCAUCAAGCUCAGCCCAGAUUUUAAGGGUCAGGUCUGUGGCCUGUGUGGGAACUACGAUGGCAAUGGCAUUAAUGACUUUACCACCAGAAGUCAGUCUGUGGUAGGAGAUGUGCUGGAGUUUGGAAACAGCUGGAAGGUUUCUCCGACUUGCCCAGAUGCCAAGAGCAACAAGGAUCCUUGCACUGCAAACCCUUACAGGAACUCCUGGGCCCAGAAGCAGUGCAGUAUAAUCAACAGCAAAGUAUUUGCUGCCUGUCACUCUCAGGUUGAACCAAACGAAUAUUAUGAAGCAUGCGUGACUGAUGCUUGUGCCUGUGACACUGGGGGAGAUUGUGAAUGUUUCUGUACAGCGGUAGCUUCAUAUGCUCAAGCAUGUAAUGAGGCUGGCAUUUGUGUUGCAUGGAGAACACCAUCUAUCUGUCCUCUGUUCUGUGAUUACUACAACCCGCAGGGGGAAUGUGAGUGGCACUACAAGCCUUGUGGGUCCCCUUGUAUGAAGACCUGCAGGAACCCAAGUGGAAAAUGCCUUCAUGAGUUACAAGGCUUGGAAGGCUGCUAUCCAAAGUGUCCAGAGGACAAGCCCUAUUUCGAUGAAGAUGAUAUGGAGUGUGUUGAUCACUGUGGCUGUUAUGAUGCCAAGGGAAAAUAUUACAAGCCAGGAACACCCAUUCGUUCAGAAGAGAACUGUCAAUCAUGUGAAUGCACAAUGAAUGGCAUUAAGUGUGAAUAUGAUGAAGAUGACUGCUACUGCACAUAUGAUGGAAAGCAAUAUGAGUAUGAGGAUGUCAUCUACAACACUACAGAUGGUAUUGGCGGAUGUAUCAUUGCAACUUGUGGUCACAAUGGAACAAUUGAUAGAAAAGUCUAUGCAUGUUCUACACCCUUAACCACAACACCGUUUGUAUUUUCCUCUUCAACACCUAUAUCCACCACAACAGUGACACCGACUACACCAGUCUGCGUUCGUGAAGUAUGUCAGUGGUCACAAUGGUAUGAUGUGAGCCAUCCAGGGCCUGGGAUCAACGAUGGAGAUUUUGACACUUUUGAUAACUUAAGAGACAAAGGUUAUAAAGUUUGCAAAGCUCCAAAGGCUGUUGAAUGCAGAGCUGAAAAAUUCCCAAACACACCAUUAAAUGAACUAGAGCAAAAAGUAGAAUGUAGUACAACAACGGGACUAAUAUGUUAUAAUAAGGAUCAGCAUCAAAAGAUCUGUGACAACUUCCAGAUAAAAAUCUUAUGCUGUAGCUUUGUACCAUGUGAUUAUACAUCUCCUGCCACCACAGCGCCUGAGGAGACUACAACACCCAUCUCAAAAACGACCACUCCAGAAACUACUGUAACCAGUAUAUCUUCAACAACUACAGCACUACCUACCAGCACAGAACCUAAAACAACUAUUCUUUCCACAAGUACCAUGACCUCCAAAACUCCUUCCACAACUCCAGUCACAGAAACAGCGAGUGUGUCCACUUCAACUCUUAGAACCACAGCUCCAACAACAACAAUCCCUGAAACAACUUCUAGCCCUUCAACAGAAACUGUAUAUACUACAGGGGAAAUCACCUCCAUAACACCUUGUAAACCAAAAUGCAAAUGGUCUGAAUGGCAUGAUGUCCAUUUUCCCAGUCUGGACAAUAAAGGAGAUUCUGAAACAUAUGAUGAUAUUAGAGCAGCAGGAAAAGUGAUCUGCAGCAAACCUGAAAAUAUAGAAUGUCGAGCUGAGAAAUUCCCAGAAAAAUCAAUUGAUAACAUUGGCCAAACUGUCCAGUGCAAUGUAUCCUUUGGACUUGUCUGCAGAAAUGAAGAUCAGGAAGGAGUGCUCCAAAUGUGCUAUAACUAUCAAAUAAAAGUAUUCUGCUGUGAUGAUUUUAGUCAUUGCCCAUCCACAACUACAGAAACUACAACAACUGCAGGCACAACUAUUGUUUCAACGGAAACUUCCACCCAGACUCCUACAACUACAGAAACUACAACUUCAACAGUAAGAACUACACCUUCAACCGCCACCACAACAGAAACCACAACCAAAGAAGUUACAACAGCUACUCCUUUAACAACCACCCCUGUAGAAACUACAACAAUCAUAACUAUACCUUUCACUACCACAACCACAGAAACGACAACUACUCUAGGCACACCCAUUGUUUCAACAGAAACGUCCACACUGACUUCUACAACUACAGAAACUACAUCAACAGUAGGAACUACACAUUCAUCCACCACCAGCAUAGAAACUACAACAAUCACAACUACACCUUUCACUACCACAACCACACCAACUACAACAACCUCAGGUACUACAACCAUGACAACCCCUCACACUACUACUACAAUACCAACCACUACGCCAAUAACCUCAACACCAAUUCCAGACACUUUUACAACUACAACUACUUCACCAACCACUACUCAAACCACCACCACAGAAUUUACCACAAUAGUAAGUACAACCACUACACCAACAACCACUGAAACUACCACAGCUGCAACUACUACACCUAUUUCAACAACAAAACCUACAUCAUCAAUAACAGUAACUACUCCAGCAAUAACCACAGUCUCAGAAACUACAACAGCUGUGACAACUGUUCCUAUAACAACUCCUGGUUGUUUUAAAGAACUAUGUGAAUGGUCACAAUGGUAUGAUGUAAGUUACCCAGGGUCUGCUAUCAAUGAUGGAGAUUUCGAUACAUUUAAGAAUAUAAGAGCCAAAGGAUACAAAGUAUGCAAAGCUCCAAAGGCUGUGGAAUGCAGAGCAGAAAGAUUCCCUAACACAGCAUUAAAUGAGCUGGAGCAAAAUGUAAUAUGCAGCAAAACAGAAGGGCUGAUAUGUUAUAACAAGGAUCAACUUCCACCAAUCUGCUAUAAUUACCAGAUCAAAAUUCAGUGUUGCCAAAAUGUAAAUGUACCAUGCCCAACCACUACAACGACAGUAACAACCAUCCCAACGACUACCCGAAUAGUAACAACCACCCCAGCCACUACCCCAAUUGUAACAACCACCCCAGCCACUACAACAAUACUAACAACCACCACCACAAUACUAACAACCACCCCAACCAUUACCCCCAUAGGAACAACCACCCCAGCCACUACUCCAAGAGAAACAACCACCACAACAAUACUAACAACCACUCCAACCAUUACCCCAAUAGGAACAACCACCCCAGCCACUACUCCAAGAGUAACAACCACCCCAGCCACUACUCCAAGAGUAACAACCACCACAACAAUACUAACAACCACCCCAACCAUUACCCCAAUAGGAACAACCACCCCAGCCACUACUGCAAUACAAACAACCACCCCAGCUACAACCCAAAUAGAAACAACCACCCCAGCAACUACAACACCAGUAACAACCACUCCAGCCACUACAACAGUGAAAACCACCCCAGCUACUACCCGAAUAGAAACAACCACCCCAGCAACUACUCCAAUAGUAAAAACCAGCCCAGCCACUACAACACCAGUAACAACCACUCCAGCCACCUCAACAGUGAAAACCACCCCACCAAGUACCCGAACAGAAACAACCACCCCAGCAACUACUCCAAUAGUAAAAACCACCCCAGCCACGACAAAGACAGUAACAACAAGGACGACAGCAAUAACACACCACAUUAUUACCCAUAUAAAAACAACAAAACCACCUCAAACAGGACCUAUACAUCAAGAAACGACUAAAGCAAUGCACAGUACAACUAAAGAAACCACACUGGUGAGUAAAACAACACCAGAAAGAACUCCAGUCACAACAACAUCAACAAUCUCCACAACACUGCCAACUACCACAAUUGUAGAAACCACCACUAGUGAAACAACCCAAAGCACAACGACAAUUGGUACCACCUCUCUACCUACCACAGAAAUCCCCACAACAUCGCCAAGACCCACAACUUCACAAACAUCUAUUUCCUCAACUACAACGUGUCAGCCAACGUGCACAUGGUCCAAAUGGUUUGAUGUUGAUUUUCCCUCUUCUGGACCUAAAGAAGGAGACAUUGAAACCUACAACAACAUAAGGGCAGCAGGAGAGAAAAUCUGCAGAAAGCCUGAAAAUAUUGAGUGUAGGGCAGAACAUUACCCGGACAUAAGCAUCGACCAGAUCGGUCAAGUUGUGCAGUGCGAUGUCAAUUUCGGGCUGGUGUGCAAAAAUGAGGAUCAAAUUGGGAAAUUUAAAAUGUGUGUCAAUUACGAGGUACGUGUUUUCUGCUGUGAAGAAAACCCUAACUGCCCAACCACAACCAGAAGUAUCGCGACCACAACUACACGUACGCCAACAACUACACUCAAAGAAACCACCAGUGAAGUCACAACUUCGCCUAAACCACCAGUCACAGAAACACCAGGAACUACCACUUCUGAAACAACUCCAGUCACUACACCUAAAAGUACAACCAGAAGCACAACGGGCACCACUACUCUGCCUCCCAAAGAAACCACCACAACAUCAGCAAUCUCCACAACACUGCCAACUACCACAAUUGUAGAAACCACCACUAGUGAAACAACCCAAAGUACAACGACAAUUGGUACCACCUCUCUACCUACCACAGAAAUCCCCACAACAUCACCAAGACCCACAACUUCACAAACAUCUAUUUCCUCAACUACAACGUGUCAGCCAACGUGCACGUGGUCCAAAUGGUUUGAUGUUGAUUUUCCCUCUUCUGGACCUAAAGAAGGAGACAUUGAAACCUAUAACAACAUAAGGGCAGCAGGAGAGAAAAUCUGCAGAAAGCCUGAAAAUAUUGAGUGUAGGGCAGAACAUUACCCGGACAUAAGCAUCGACCAGAUCGGUCAAGUUGUGCAGUGCGAUGUCAAUUUUGGGCUGGUGUGCAAAAAUGAGGAUCAAAUUGGGAAAUUUAAAAUGUGUUUCAAUUACGAGGUACGUGUUUUCUGCUGUGAAGAAAACCCUAACUGCCCAACCACAACCAGAAGUAUCGCGACCACAACUACACGUACGCCAACAACUACACUCAAAGAAACCACCAGUGAAGUCACAACUUCGCCUAAACCACCAGUCACAAAAACACCAGGAACUACCACUUCUGAAACAACUCCAGUCACUACACCUAAAAGUACAACCAGAAGCACAACGGGCACCACUACUCUGCCUCCCAAAGAAACCACCACAACAUCAGCAAUCUCCACAACACUGCCAACUACCACAAUUGUAGAAACCACCACUAGUGAAACAACCCAAAGUACAAUGACAACUGGUACCACCUCUCUACCUACCACAGAAAUCCCCACAACAUCGCCAAGACCCACAACUUCACAAACAUCUAUUUCCUCAACUACAACGUGUCAGCCAACGUGCACAUGGUCCAAAUGGUUUGAUGUUGAUUUUCCCUCUUCUGGACCUAAAGAAGGAGACAUUGAAACCUAUAACAACAUAAGGGCAGCAGGAGGGAUAAUCUGCAGAAAGCCCGAAAAUAUUGAGUGUAGGGCAGAACAUUACCCAGACAUAAGCAUCGACCAGAUCGGUCAAGUUGUGCAGUGCGAUGUCAAUUUCGGGCUGGUGUGCAAAAAUGAGGAUCAAAUUGGGAAAUUUAAAAUGUGUGUCAAUUACGAGGUACGUGUUUUCUGCUGUGAAGAAAACCCUAACUGCCCAACCACAACCAGAAGUAUCGCGACCACAACUACACGUACGCCAACAACUACACUCAAAGAAACCACCAGUGAAGUCACAACUUCGCCUAAACCACCAGUCACAGAAACACCAGGAACUACCACUUCUGAAACAACUCCAAUCACUACACCUAAAAGUACAACCAGAAGCACAACGGGCACCACUACUCUGCCUCCCAAAGAAACCACCACAACAUCAGCAAUCUCCACAACACUGCCAACUACCACAAUUGUAGAAACCACCACUAGUGAAACAACCCAAAGUACAACGACAAUUGGUACCACCUCUCUACCUACCACAGAAAUCCCCACAACAUCGCCAAGACCCACAACUUCACAAACAUCUAUUUCCUCAACUACAACGUGUCAGCCCACGUGCACAUGGUCCAAAUGGUUUGAUGUUGAUUUUCCCUCUUCUGGACCUAAAGAAGGAGACAUUGAAACCUAUAACAACAUAAGGGCAGCAGGAGGGAUAAUCUGCAGAAAGCCCGAAAAUAUUGAGUGUAGGGCAGAACAUUACCCGGACAUAAGCAUCGACCAGAUCGGUCAAGUUGUGCAGUGCGAUGUCAAUUUUGGGCUGGUGUGCAAAAAUGAGGAUCAAAUUGGGAAAUUUAAAAUGUGUUUCAAUUACGAGGUACGUGUUUUCUGCUGUGAAGAAAACCCUAACUGCCCAACCACAACCAGAAGUAUCGCGACCACAACUACACGUACGCCAACAACUACACUCAAAGAAACCACCAGUGAAGUCACAACUUCGCCUAAACCACCAGUCACAGAAACACCAGGAACUACCACUUCUGAAACAACUCCAAUCACUACACCUAAAAGUACAACCAGAAGCACAACGGGCACCACUACUCUGCCUCCCAAAGAAACCACCACAACAUCAGCAAUCUCCACAACACUGCCAACUACCACAAUUGUAGAAACCACCACUAGUGAAACAACCCAAAGUACAACGACAAUUGGUACCACCUCUCUACCUACCACAGAAAUCCCCACAACAUCGCCAAGACCCACAACUUCACAAACAUCUAUUUCCUCAACUACAACGUGUCAGCCAACGUGCACAUGGUCCAAAUGGUUUGAUGUUGAUUUUCCCUCUUCUGGACCUAAAGAAGGAGACAUUGAAACCUAUAACAACAUAAAGGCAGCAGGAGAGAAAAUCUGCAGAAAGCCUGAAAAUAUUGAGUGUAGGGCAGAACAUUACCCGGACAUAAGCAUCGACCAGAUCGGUCAAGUUGUGCAGUGUGAUGUCAAUUUCGGGCUGGUGUGCAAAAAUGAGGAUCAAAUUGGGAAAUUUAAAAUGUGUUUCAAUUACGAGGUACGUGUUUUGUGCUGUGAAGAAAAUGUAAAUUGUCCUGUUACAACCUCAGUUUUGUCAACAACGCCCACACGAGUAACCACUCCAACUGUCUCAAGUACACAAACAGGAACAACAGAAGGAACCAUGACAACUACUCACUGCUUUUGCCAAAUUGAGGAUGCUGUUUUUGCACCUGGUGAAAUUAUUUACAACAGAACAGACAAGGAUGGAUGUAAUUUUUAUGCCAUUUGUAGUAAAACAUGUUCAGUGGAGCGAUUUAAGGGACCAUGUAGCUCAACAACUCCAGCAACAACAAAUACGCCAACAACUUCAACAUCUAAACCAACUACGACUCCCACUACAACAGUUAGUUCAACCACUAAAAUUGAGUGUCCUGAUGCUAAACCUCCCAGAAAGACAGGUGAAACAUGGAAGAUAUCCAACUGUACCACUGCAACUUGCGAGGGAAAUAACAAAGUUGUUAUACAGCAAAUAAAAUGCCCACCUGUAAAGAAAAUUACCUGUGCCAAUGGAUACCCACCAGUGAAGGUCUUCAGUGAGGAUGGCUGCUGUUACCAUUAUGAAUGUGAAUGUGUCUGUAGUGGCUGGGGUGACCCUCACUACAUUACAUUCGAUGGAACCUAUUACACAUUCCUUGACAACUGCACAUAUACCCUUGUGAAGCAGAUUACCCCUAAAUAUGACAACUUCCGUGUUGACAUUGACAAUUACUUCUGUGAUGCAGAAGAUGGACUUUCCUGUCCUCAGUCCAUUAUUGUUUACUACAAGUCCAUGGUUGUAGUGCUGACACGUGAACUCUACAAUGGAGUGAUGGCUAAUAAGAUUAUCUUCAAUAACAUGAUUGUCAAACCAGGCUUCCAGAAAGAUGGCAUUUCUGUUUCCAUGCUUGGCAUCAACAUGGUUGUUGAAAUACCUGAGAUUGGAGCUACCAUCACCUUCAGUGGGUUGAUCUUCUCAGUGAAACUCCCAUUCAGCAAAUUUGGCAAUAACACUGAAGGACAGUGUGGUACAUGCACAAACAUUAAAUCAGAUGACUGCCGCUUGCCAAGUGGUAAGAUCAUUCCUUCUUGUACCCAAAUGGCUCCCUAUUGGAAGGUUGACGAUGGCAAGAAACAAUACUGUGUAGGAACACCAACACCAUCACCACCAAGACCCAGCACCCCAACUCCAGCUCCCACCUGUCCCCCUUCUGCUCUUUGCAAGAUAAUUUUGAGCAAAGUCUUUGAAGAAUGCCACAAGGUGAUACCACCACAAGAUUUUUACAAGGGCUGUGACUUUGAUGCAUGUUUCAUGACCAAUACAUCCAUGCAGUGUUCCAGCUUGGAGAUAUAUGCCACUCUGUGUGCCACAAGAGGUGUUUGUAUUGACUGGAGAGGAGAGACCAAAGGCAAAUGCCCAUAUAAAUGUCCAGUGGACAAAGAAUAUAAGCCAUGUGGGCCUCUUAAUCCUGCUACCUGUGAUUCAAGGGCUAUUCACCACAAUGGCACUGGCCUAACUGAAGGAUGUUUCUGCCCUGAAGGACAGUUUCUCUUCAAUGAAAACAGCGGUGUUUGUGUCCCACACUGUCGUAUCUGUAUAGGACCAGAUGGACUGCCCAAAUUACCUGGAGACCAGUGGAAAAGCAAUUGCCAGAACUGUGUUUGUGACAAGGACACUCUUAUAGUGCAGUGUACAAAACAACAGUGUAAACCACUCCCACCAGUCUCUUGUGAUGACCCAGGGUUUGUACCUGUGCAGUCACUGACACAAGAAGACCCAUGCUGUGUCCAGACUGAAUGCCGAUGUGACACUAGCAAGUGCCCUGAAUCAGUGGCCAGCUGUCAACCAGGAUACGAGUUAAUCCCAGAAGUAUUAAAUGGAAAUUGUUGUACUAUCUUCACAUGUAAGCUAAUACCAGGCUGUGUAACCAAUGGAACUUUCUACAUGCCUGGAGCUGUCAUUCCAAAAGGUACCUGUGAAAACUGCACCUGCUCUGCUGAAGUAGAGCCAGACAGUCAGAGAAACAUUAUUGACUGCCAGCCCAUUCCAUGUGACACAGAGUGCCCAGUGGGCUAUACAUAUAAGAUGAAAUCUGGACAGUGCUGUGGUGAGUGUGUACAGGAGGCUUGUGUACUGAAGAUGGAGGAUAACACAGUCCAUGUGAUUCAGGCUGGAAAAGUCUGGCACGAGCCCGGUGAUAACUGUACCUUCUAUGAAUGUGAACAAAUUGAGGAUCAGUUUAUCCUUGUCACUGUAAGGAAAGUCUGUGGAACCACACACCUAGAAAACUGCGACCCGGCUGAUAUCAAGCUAAGUGAAGAUGGCUGCUGCAAAAUAUGCUCACCAAGCCAUAAAAUUUGUGGACUGCAUAGUACUACCACUGUCAUCAGUCACAAUGAAUGCAACUCUUCUGUGCCCGUUGAACUAACAUACUGUGAAGGCAACUGUGAUGGUUCUUCAAUGUAUUCCCUUGAGGCGAAUGUGAUGCAACACACGUGCAAGUGUUGUCAGGAGGUCAAGACCAGCAAAAGACAGGUGACCCUGAGCUGCCCUGAUGGAAGCACCACUGAUUACUCAUACAUCCACGUGGAGCAGUGCGAUUGUGCGGGCACAGAGUGCAUCCCCCAAACCCUUCCCACCACUCCAGCACAGCAGCAGGAGCAAGAACAGCAGCAGCAGGAACAGAUCCAGCAGCAACAAGGGCAGCCUAGAACCAGGAGCAGAAGCAGAAAAAUGAACCAAAACCAGGAAGAGUAGACUAUAGACUGAAAUAAAUCUUUUCACUUUUUUUCCCCUAAUAAUAAACAAGUAUCCAAAGCAGCUAGAAUCUUGGACAUAUGGAUGAAAUUCCUGUAUACAGCCUAGAAAUUUCGGUUUCCUAAUUAUUUCAGCUUCCAUUAUCAAUGGGUCUCAUUGCUUUGAGUGUCUUCUUUUAACUUGAGAGGUGCAGCAUUAGGAAAUCUUGAGGUUUGUUUUUUCUCGGCGAUGCUAUAUGACUGACAGCUUUUCCUUCAAUAGGGUGGAGUGGUUGGAACUAUACUCUAACUAUUUCCACGGCACUUUUAGGAAGUCCUUGAUGUAAACUAUAGUCUCUUUUUGGCUUGAAAUUUUCCCUGUGGUGAUUCUGAUACUGACUGCCCAAGGCCAAGCAGCCAAACAUCACUGCGUCGUUAAUAAUUUUUCACUAGUCACAGUCAUUACAAUGUGUCCCACACCCAACUGACACUGACUAAUCAUUGCAUUGAAUUAGACAACUUUUAAAAUCCCCUUUGAUUCCAGUUCAGUUAGGCAGUGUCAACAAUUCGAGUCCAGGAAAAACACAGACUAUCGCUCUCACCUUCCUACCUUUUUGUUUGUUUGCUUGUUUGUUGUUUUAGCAUUAAAGAGGGUUUAGGUUAUAGUAACUGCAUCUUCUCAAACUUUAAAGAUACUGGGGGGUUUUGUGGUGUUGUAGGAAAGAAAGGAAGGAAGAAAGAAACUCUAUCAUACAAGGCUGCUGCAGACUAUCCUAUGUUUACAUGAGAUCAUCAGCAUAGUAAAUGAAUGAAAAUUUGGAUUUUUGUAUUAUUUGUUUUUGGUUAACUGUUUACAGAAGAAAUAUAUUUUUUGCCAAAAGGGGUAGAUGAAGGAUUUUUGUAAACAAAAGUAAUAAUAAUAGUAAUAUAAAUUCUUUCCUAGGAAGCUGAGAUUUUUUUAAAAUGUUGUAUCAUUGCUAUUUAUUUUGUUUCUGGGAAAAAUAAGUGUACUGGACCAUUUCUUCCACAAUUAAUGUUGCCCCCAUUUUCUAGCGUCAGUGGGUAUCUGGUUGUGGGAUGUUUUCUUUUUCUAUUUUGUUCGUUUCCUAAGAAGAAAAAAGUUAUGAUGAUUAAUA